AGAAGCGAGGAGAGGACUUCAAGAGUGAAGCUGUAGACAAGACGGGGAAACCUCUGGAGUCAACACCCGUUGUCUAGUCAAACAACACAACCUUGACUCUCCACUACCCGUGUCAGACACACGUGCAAACGCGUGCAUGUGCACACACUUUGAACACAUUUCGAGCAAUCAUGUUUGAGGAGCAGGCGACCAAGGUUAAGAUCACUUCUGUGGUGAUUUUGGUGGGCAUGGCGACGAUGCUGGCGGCGGUGGUGACUGACCACUGGGCCGUGCUCAGCCCCGGGGUGGAGAAGCUCAACGCCACCUGCGAGGCGGCCCACUUUGGCCUCUGGAGGCUCUGCAAGAAGAUCAUCUUCAUCGUGGAGGAGGACCCUCAGGGCAAAGGCUGCGGUCCCAUCAGCUUACCUGGAGCACAAAACUGUUCCUACUUCAAACACUUUACCUCGGGGGAAGAAGCUGAAGUUUUUGAAGUGAAGACACAGAAAGAAUACAAUAUAUCAGCAGCAGCCAUCGCCAUCUUCAGCCUGUUCUUUAUGAUCCUGGGCACCAUCUGUGUCAUCUUCUCUUUCGGGAAGGGACGGGACUACCUGCUCCGGCCUGCUGGGAUGUUCUUUGCCUUCGCAGGUCUUUGCAUUAUCAUAUCUGUUGAGGUAAUGCGCCAGUCUGUCAAACGCAUGAUUGACAGUGAUGAGACCAUCUGGAUUGAAUACUACUACUCCUGGUCCUUCACCUGUGCCUGCGCCUCCUUCACUCUGCUCAUCCUCAGCGGAGGCGCCCUGCUCCUCAUCUCCAUGCCCCACAUGCCCCGUAACCCCUGGGAGACCUGCAUGGACGCCGAGCCGGACAUCUUAGAUUAGCCACAGGUGAUACAAUGCCUGAAAGCCUGGGUAAAACAGACAACAAAUACAUUAACACCUUUAGCCCUUUAACUGCAUAUACUAUCCCACAAAUGUAUCCUUAAUGCAAGUUGUUUUCUUAAGCAUAAUUAGUUAUUCCCACCUUCCUUGUCCAUUGAGUUUAGUUUAUGUUAGUAAAAUACUAUAACCAACUUGGAGAGACUUAUGAUAGCUAACCAGCCGUAACAAAAGGUUCACUUUAUCUUUACAGGGUAAAGCAGUGAUUACAUGACUUGUUUGGAGACCUAUUCCCUUUUCAUGUGUUUAAGACCCGAGGAAUGGUUGAGUAACAUCUGAGACUAAAGAGUCCUCUGCCAAGCAGAACCAAGACCAAACUGAUCUUUUUAUACAAAGUCCAUAUGUGCUUAUCAAUUGUUUCGGGCUUUGGUUUUGUUAUAUUAUGCCAAACAAACAAUGCCAUAGUGAUAGACAAUCAAAAUGUAAUGUUAAUGAUCAAUCCGAUCAGUCUUUUCUGUAGCUGUCUUUCAAAUGGAAGUACAAUUAAGUUCUGUUCAAUACUGGACGAUAUUAAUCUUAAAGAACACAGUAUGACAACAAGCAGGCCAGACAUGAUUAAACCUCCAUACCUUAAUUAUUCAAUACAAAAGACCAGGCAAGUUUGAGACAGAAAGACUGGUUCGAAACUGGUGUGCUAUUGAAAAGGAAACGCUUUGUUUUAAGUGCAGCAGUGGGUCAUUGUAAUGGGUUCUUCUCACUGCAACCUCUUGUUUUCUCAAAGGACUUUCUAAAAACAAUCUAUACCAUUGAUUGUCUAUAGAGGAACACUUGCCAGAUCUACAGCAGUGUUGAUCAGUCAUUUAUUUCAGGUCAGUGUCCAGGACCUCUGGUGUCUUAAGUCCAGGACCUCCAAUCCAUUAUCGUCUACAGCGUUUGCUAAACUGUAGGGUUAUGCUUUAAAUAUUGAUAACGGUUCUCUGCUUAAAAAAGAUUACAAAUAUACAAAGGAAGUUUGGAUAAUAAUUGACCAUUUGAUAAACAUUACCCAAUCCCAGCUAACACUAACUCAUAAUCAAUAAGUAAGAAACUUGCCACCUAACUGUGGGUUGUGAGGCAUAUCCUUUUCAUAAAAUAAAUCUUUAAUGUUUGGGGGGGGGUUUUAAUAACUUAAGUGUUUGUGGCAAUUGUAUUUUUCAUUUGCAAUUUUGUAUUAAAUUGUGUUACUUUUCUUCUGGGGCUUCAUAUGUGUGCUGCUUAAAUAUUUAAUUCAAAUUAAAACUGUUUAUGAAUAUGAAAUGAUAAUCUUUUCAUUUAAGGGUUGCCUUUGAUUUUAAAAUGGUACCUUAAAGCAUUAAGAUUUGAUCUAGUUGCAUAUAAUAAUGGACCUACAUUUUCGUUUAGGUAAAGUGCCAUGUAUAAACAUACCUUUUAAUGGUGCUUACAAUAUUAAGCUAUUAAAAUAAAAACAUGUAGUCGUAGCUAACUAGUUUGCUGUUAUAGGCACAGGGAUUUAGCUUAGGUUAGCUACGUGAUUUCAAGAGGACUCAUUAGUAACAGCUUAACUGCCAUCAAUGUAGUGUAAAUUAAGUGGGUUGUUAUUUUAAUACUACAAUUUAUCUUAGCUAAUAGUAAUGUAAUGUGUAUUUAGAGGCAUAUUCCAUACUUUCAAAACAUUAUCAAACAAUAAUUUUGCACCCCCUCUUCAGUAAAAUUAUUGCUGUAGAUAACUACCUUCUUGCUGUCAGAUGGAAAACUCCUUCAGGUGGACAGACUGUUUUCUGUUUAAAAAAUGACCUUUCUUAAUUAUAAUACAAUCAAUGCAGACACAUAAAUCUGACUGUAUUCAUUUUUAUUUGGUUCUUUUUUGCCAUAGAUUUCAGACAAAGGUCUUUUAUUGUUAGCACAACAUCGAUUCACGUCUGACAUUUUGUAUUGAGUCACUCAAGAGACCGUGGAGUCAUUCAGCCGGUGUAGUUAAAUAAAAGACUCCUUAAUGACUUUGUUUCACAAGGAACACAACAAGAAAUGAUUACGUUCAGCUCUGAGUUCCUUUUAAGAGGAACAUUUCUUCUGUCUGCAAUCACAACGUUACUUUGUUAAAGGUUUGUAUUUUAGAUUUGUUUGACUGUUAUAAAACCUUGACAUAAACACUGCCAUCACAUUGAGCUGGACAGGAAGCAGCUGUUGUUGUUGUUGUUGUUGUUGACUGUCUAUAAUUUGAAAUCACAAGCUAAAACAAUGAGAGAUAUUUAAUGCAAUAUAUACAAUAAAUCUUUAGUAGUUUAACACAGAGUUGUCUUAUUCUUGUACUUCAUUCUAGAUGUGCAAAUAUUCCAAUUAAGUAUAGUAUGUCAAUGGUAAGAAGGUACAAAGGUAAAUAAUUAUGAUGAAUUAUGAAUUAUUUUCCAUAUACGUUGAUGGUCUCUAUCAAUGUGCAUUCUGCCCAUUCUCCUUUGACAGUCAUGUAAAUCCCAUAAAUGUGGAAAUGAUUUUAAAACAUGAAAUAAAGCAAGAUAAUCUUCCAUAUGUUUACAUUCACAUACUAACAGGUAGAGUCAAUGGUUUAGCAUUUAUUCAGGAAAUAAAAAUGGGAUUUUUAGUCUUUUCUUUACUGGGAAUUCAAGCAUCCUAGUGUCCCUUUUGUCCAGGAUCCUCUACACCAGAAACUGUUGUUGAAUUGAGAGUAAAACCUUUUGGAAAUGCUUCAGAGACCUUACACAGUGCAGGUCAUGCAGGUUCUUUUCAGGGGCGGAUGUAAUAGAUGCACAAAACUCCCUAAAUAAUUCAUGAGACCUUUAGCCUAGCAACGAGAGCAGAGCACACUCUUUUUACUCUCUGCCGCCUACAUCGGUUUUGAUAUCUGGAACUCUCUUUUUGGUUUUAUUUUAUACUGUUUGCUCGAAC